AUGAGAGGGAGCUGUUGGUUGAACCGUCGGAUUGAGCAAAGGUUUCGGUUACUUGCGAUCUCCACCGUUAAAUCAGUGAAGAUCAAGCUUCUGCUGUUUUUUUGCGUCGCGUUAACGCUUCUCGCAUUUUCAACAACUGGUUCAACUUUCUUAUUAUGGAACAAUAAUAAUAAUAUUCAAACUCCUCCACUUCGUCGUUUCACUGAUUCAAGGAAAGGGUAUUCUAUUGUAAUGAACACAUGGAAGCGAUAUGAUCUCUUAAAGAAGUCUAUCAAACAUUAUUCAUCUUGUCCUCGACUUGAUUCAGUACAUAUUGUGUGGAGUGAACCCGAUCCUCCAUCAGAAAGUCUUCUAAAAUAUCUGCACCAAGCUGUAAAAUCCAAGUCUAGGGACGGACGAUAUGUGAAGUUGAGGUUUGAUAUCAACAAAGAAGACAGUUUGAACAAUAGAUUUAAAGAAAUUGAUGAUUUGGAGACUGAUGCUGUCUUUUCUAUUGACGAUGAUGUCAUAUUUCCUUGCUCUUCAGUGGAAUUUGCAUUCAAUGUUUGGCAAAGUGCACCAGAUGCGAUGGUGGGGUUUGUACCUCGUGUACAUUGGGUGGAUCCAUUGAAUGGUGAAGACAUCAAGUUUAGAUAUGGUGGAUGGUGGUCCGUGUGGUGGACGGGCACAUAUAGCAUGGUGCUCUCCAAGGCAGCAUUCUUUCACAAAAAGUAUUUCAGUCUCUACACAAAUGAGAUGCCAUCAUCGAUUAGAGAAUAUGUAACUAGGAACAGGAAUUGUGAAGAUAUUGCAAUGUCUUUUCUUGUCGCAAAUGCAACCGGUGCACCCCCUUUAUGGGUUAAAGGAAAAAUAUAUGAGAUUGGAUCAACAGGAAUUAGUAGUUUGGGAGGUCACAGUAUACGAAGAUCAGAGUGUGUCAACAUAUUUACAGCCGAGUUUGGGCGGAUGCCCUUGGUAUAUACGUCAGUGAAGGCAGUUGAUAGUCGCAAUGUUUGGUUUUGGUGA